ACUAGUGCAGGCCUAUAAAGUAAGACUAUUUGUGCUACUAUCGAGACCUAUCAAUAAUGUGGUCUUGGAAGGUAGAGCCAAUCUUAAUCUUUGCUUUCUAUCUUUCACUAUUAUUCUUAUGCGACAAGGGGAAAAAUAGAGGUUGUGGUCCUCACAGUCACAGUUAAUUCUUCUCCUUUUUCAACUGUCUAUCAUCAAGGUUAUUAGUCUUCUUCCUCUUGACUAUCUGCUAGCUCCUAUAGCUCCCAUAUAUUUCUCCUUAGUUGUCUUGUUGUGUGUUUGCAAAUGGAAACAAGCAAAGCUGAGGAGAAGAGGAGCUUCAAGUACAAGAUGGAGGAUGAGGAUGAAGAUGAGGAUGAUGAUGAAUAUACCAAUACUGAAUUAGGAUCUGGAGAGGAAGAGAGAAAUAAGAGAAUGAUGACUCCCUCUCCCUCUACCAAGAAAGGUUCCGGUGGCGGAGGAGGGUCAACGCCGCCUACUUGCCAGGCUGAGGAUUGCAAUGUUGAUCUGACUGAUGCCAAGCACUAUCACCGCCGCCACAAGGUGUGUGACUUUCAUGCCAAGGCUCCGGUAGUCAGCGUUGCCGGAAUCCAGCAAAGGUUUUGCCAACAAUGUAGCAGGUUCCAUCAGCUAACAGCGUUUGAUGAAUCUAAAAGGAGUUGUCGUAGACGUCUAGCUGGACAUAAUGAGAGGCGUCGGAAAAGCUCAUCUGAAUUUCAUAGAGAAGGCUCGCAUUGAUAAGGAUUAGUAAUUGGAGGAAGACUUACAAAGUGGGAGAAUUUAGAUUUCUCCCUUAAAAUUCCUUCCGAUCAUUUUAAGAUCUAUCGGUCAAAAAAAAAAAAUCUACGCGGAUGCAUGCUCUCUCUCUUCUGUCAAUCCUUAAUUGGCUUUUCAUUAUGCACUAUUGCUCUUUAAUUUAUCUAAAACAUUAAAAUAAUUAUGCCUAAAAGCAUUUUGGCAUGUACCAUCCAAUUGUGGCUAAGUGGUAUUUGACUCAUUGUUAUAUAUAUAUAAAAGUCUACAUUGCUCAUA